AUGGGAAUAGACCUCAAACCCGAUAACGUAUUGAUUGAUAACUCUUAUGAACAAAACAGUGAUAGAUAUAUAAAGUUAUGUGACUUCGGUUUGUCUAAAGAAGUGCAUAUAUUUAGUGAACACUACAAACAAAGUUACAGUGAAAACACACCUGAUUUCAUAGACAAUGUUAAUUAUAUGGCACCCGAAGGACAGACCACUGAAUACAACCAUUUAAUAGAUGUCUAUAGUCUGGCACUCAUUGGAGCGAAAAUAUUUGGUUUCGAUUCCGAGGAUAUCAGAGACGGAGUGUUUAAUUACGACUUUGAAAGUAUAGAUAAUGUCGACCUCAGGACCAAAAUGGUUCAAAUAUUAUGA